AUGGAGCGCGAUUUGGUCGGCAGGGGCGCCGCACUUGAAUGCAGUUUGCGGCGAGCGCUUCAGAGGCAAAUGCCGGAAGAGCACGUCUUCUUUCUGGCGGAAAGGCUUUGUGCGGAAAAGUCGACUGCGGAGAGCUUUGCGCUUUAUGCUCAGGCUCUUGCGCAGUACGGCCGACAUCGGCAGGCAGUCGACGUUGUGGCGAAGUACUGGCAGCAGGAUCUUGAGUGUAGGUACUGGUACGCACUCUGCUGCAUUGAGGCUAAUGAGUUGGCUGCCGCCUACAAGGCGCUAUCUUUCCUGCUUCAGGAGAACGCGAACGAGAACCUUACCAAGGAGGUUCGCUCGUCCCUUAACAACGCUCGGGGUCUCCCGUCCGAGAGAAGCCUGUCUGUGCCAUGGCAGGCGGAGGGACUAUAUCUACUAGGGCGUGUGUUUCGCCUCUCGAACACGCGCGUUGACCAGGCUGCUCAGUGUUUCCGACGAGCGCUUGAAAUUGAUCCGUUUCUUUGGUGCUGCAUCGAGGAGCUCAGCUCCCUCUAUCGAUAUAUAGAUUAUUUCGUACCGGAAAUGUUUGGUAUCUCUGGAAAAGAAGAGCAAGUCUUCCAAUCAGGACGAAGCUCUCUUCGGCUGGACAACUGCAUUUUGCGCUGGAAGACGAGAUCCUCGGGCUCGCCUCAGGAUAACUUUCAGGCCUUGGCCACCGUGCGUGCACUCGUUGAAGGAUACCAUUGCCGAGAGGCGGUCGCUCUAAUUGCGACGUUGCCAUUGGCGCUUCAGCAAGCACCCGUGGUGCUCAAAUGGCAGGGUCGUGCAUAUCUUGAUGCCGGUGAGCUAUCCGAGUGUGCGCGAACGUUUGAAAAGUACCUGAGUUUGAACAGAUCUGGAUCCUUGGAUGGCCUCGAAUACUACUCGACGGCGCUCUGGCAUAUGCGGCGGGAUGUUGAAUUAAAUGCACUGGCCCGGUAUGCACUUGAACGAGACCGCUUCUCUGCAGCAACCUGGUGCAUUGUGGGUAAUGCGUUCAGUUUGCAACGAGACACAGACAGCGCUAUCGAGUUCUUCCUCCGUGCCGCCCAGAUUGAUCCGCGAAAUCCGUACCCCUGUACGCUAGCGGGUCAUGAGUAUCUUUAUUUGGACAAUUACGAUGCCGCUAUGAGAUGUUACCAGGACGCGCUCUACAGGAACAGUCGACAUUAUAAUGCCUGGUUCGGCAUCGGACAAGUCUAUCAACGGCAAGAGAAAUUCCGUCUAGCGGAAAAACACUAUCGAAUAGCCCUCGAUUUGAACUCGAAUAAUUCCAUGUUGUGGUAUUAUCUGGGCCAUGUUAUCCGCGUCGGCGGAGGCCGCGAGGUCGAUGCACUGAACGCUCUGGAGAAGGCUUUGGAAAUGAACCCUCGCAAUCCGGUGGCGCGUUUCGAGUGCUGCAAACUAUAUAUGCAGAUAGGCCGCUUACAGGAUGCCUGGAAAGAGCUGUACCAGCUCCGGAAUAUGGUGCCCCGUGAAGCAGCUAUCUACUACCAGAUGGGUGUCAUCGCUCGCGAACUGGGUCUUAAGAAUGCCGUAGAGCUGUUUAGCAUCGCUCUCGAUCUGGAUCCGAAACAACCGCUAUAUAGGCAGGCGCUCUUAUCGCUAGACGAGACGCAAAGUGCGCCGUAG